AAUUCAAACCUUAUGCGUUAUUAUUUAUUAUUUACAAGAUUUUACAGUGUGAAAUAUAAAAUUCAAGGACCAGGUGAUGACCUAAUUACGUCAUAAUGUAAAAGAAUCAGUGAGUCGUUCUUUAACCGGUUCGUUCGAGCGAACUCUUCGGUUCACCGAAAUGAUUCGGGCUUCAAAAGAGUGGACGGCGGAGUGGAGGAUCCCCACCCGUGAGCAUGGCGGUGUGCUAGAGUAUUAAUGAAGACCGGAGAGAGCAGACACAGAUGGGAAACACGAAUAUGCGCUUCAAAUGAUCUAAUUUUAACGGACCGUGUUUCAAUCCGCCGUUCCCGGAGGCAGUCUGCUGGGUUUCUCCAUGCAGUCUUCGUUUACUUCUAUAGGAUGGUGAGCUGAGCAGAUGAAAAGCACAAGUUAUUGGUGAUAGCCUGUGUUCAACCGUCCCCCGUUGUGAAUUACAGGCGCGUGUGGGCCGCCGGUGCUCCGUGAUCAUGAAGCGCUGCUGCGGGAAGCUUGUCUUUGUGCGAGGCGCGCUCGUGUCCGCGGACAGACUCGUUUAAACGCCCUAAACAUGAACAUCAGUGCCGUGUGAGUUUAUUUUGAUUGUUCGAUCUGUUCAGAGAUGCGUGAGUAUAAAGUGGUGGUCCUCGGGAGCGGCGGGGUCGGUAAAUCCGCCCUCACCGUGCAGUUCGUCACCGGGACGUUUAUUGAGAAGUACGACCCGACCAUCGAGGAUUUCUACCGUAAGGAGAUUGAGGUGGACUCGUCGCCGUCGGUGCUGGAGAUCCUGGACACGGCGGGCACGGAGCAGUUCGCGUCCAUGCGGGACCUGUACAUCAAAAACGGGCAGGGCUUCAUUCUGGUCUACAGUCUGGUCAACCAGCAGAGCUUUCAGGACAUCAAACCCAUGAGAGACCAGAUCAUCCGAGUCAAGAGGUAUGAGAAGGUCCCUGUGAUCCUGGUGGGGAAUAAGGUGGAUCUGGAGAGCGAGCGGGAGGUGUCUGUGAGGGAGGGCCAGGCGCUGGCGGAGGAGUGGGGCUGUCCGUUCAUCGAGACCUCCGCCAAGAGCAAGACCAUGGUGGACGAACUCUUUGCCGAGAUCGUACGGCAGAUGGACUACGCGGCACAGCCGGAUAAAGACGAUCCGUGCUGCUCCUCCUGCAAUAUACAAUAACCCCCCAACACUCAAACACACAACUCACAUUACAGUAGCUUUGAUGGACCUUCUAGUGUUGAUGGUUUUCCGUCAUUCUCCAUCUACAGACUGACAGUAACUUUGAGGAUUUUUUUGUCACUUUAAAUUCUGACUGACUCAACCACAGGAAGAGCACUUGCCUUAGGUUUCACGCUUCCUGUCUGAGCAGGAUCCUUCAGUGGAGAUGAGUUGGACUUUUACGUUCUUGGUCUUAUGGUAUUGAUGAUUUUAUCUGAAUUUGUCACCAGGUCAAAGAGAGAGAGAGAGAAUAAGUGUGUUCUUAGCCAUAUGCUUCAUAUAGCCAUAUAAUAAUUUAAUGAUGACUUUCUUAUUGUACAUUGAUUAAGGAAAUGGAUCCCUGAAAAUCAUCGUCAAAAUCAUCUUCUGUUUCAUACAGAGGUAGAAAAACAGCUUUGUUCCAAAACCUAGUUAGAUGCCUACCUAGACAGAAUGUUGAAGCCCAAAGUAUUCUUCGGUUCUUAUGCAUACUUGUGUAUGCGUACAGUUUACGUGACGUAGAUUUCAUUAUCCGCAUUGUACUGUACACGCACAGCUUGAUUUUUCUAACCGUGUUACUCCGUACGCUCUGCCCACACAUGCUCCUGAAUUGCACUAAUUAGUUUUUCCACAAGAUGGCAACACUGACUUUGGCCCAUUGUUUCACAGUCGAAAAGAAAGGGAUAACAAAAACAACUACUGGAGAUGACAACAACAAUAGACUGAGUACAAGGAAAUUUUUAUCAGUCAAAACUUUUAGUGCGCGUGUAUCGAGUGCUUGUGCUCGCGCACGCUAUCAAAUGGAGUAUACUUUGCUUUCGGUGGCAUGCAAAUGCACAACUGAAGUAUACUUUACGCUUGAUGGUGCGUUCAAGUCGUCCUGGGAAGUUAGUGUUUACUACAUCCGGUGGAUCAAGUCACUUUCAUUGGAGCAAGAUGGCAGUGUACCUUCUCUUAAUUAACUACACAAAAAUACAGCAAGAUUUUUAAACUCUACUUCUCAAAAUCGAAGAACAAACAAUGUGCAUCUGGCGGCCACUUUAAACUUUAUCAUUUCAUAUUAUAUUGUUAUAUUUCAUUGCUAUCAUAUUUCGAACAGGCAAUUAACUUAGUUUGUUGUAAAUAAAAAGCCUGACAAUGUCACUGCUAAAUACCUGUAAGUAUUGUGGUAUUCCGCCAUGUUUCUCACGGACACACCGGGCUCUAAGAAAAUCCUGAGUUUUCCACUGGUGUUUCCAACAUUGUUGUGGCGUACAUGUGUGUUCAACUCUUAAAUGUGAUCUUUCCGUUUUAACUUGAAUGCACCAUAAGGCAACAUAAAAGCAUGUCCCCCUUUGCAUUCCCAGAAUGCAUUGCGAAUGAGCUCUAAUAUAUGAAAAAAAUCUUUCAAGACAGUGGAUGAGAUUCUAAAUAUACUUAUUUUUUUGUAAUAUGUGUGUUCUAUGUAUUUUUAUGCAUUGCACACAGAAGUAGAGUAUAAUGUUUAUUAGCUUAGCAACAUGCUAGUGUCAAACAAAUAAGCAGCAGUAUUUGUGGUGCACAGAAGGACUGAACAAUUAUUCGAAAUUGGGGAUGGGCAUUUUUCAAAAAUUUCUGUAUUCCAGGGGUAUUUCCUCUGAGGAGGCAAGGGAGGCUGUGUCUCUUCAAAAAAAAAAAAAAAAAAAAAAAAUGAGAAAAGAAUCAAUGCACAAACAAAAAAACAAAUGCAAAUAUUACAAAAUGUGACAUUAAAAAGUGUCAGACCACUCGUUUUUAUAAAGUAACGGUGUCUAACAGCGACACCAUUGGGUGAAGUUACAGCGGGAGGUUUGCCUCUUCUGAUCCCAUUGACUUUAAACAGACCCCCUAAAGCGAAGCAUGUGGUGGGUUUAGUGGGGGGUAAUUGAGAAUGAGUGGGGUAAAGUCGCGUGAGAGGAGACGAGGUUUUUAGUGAGCAAUCAGCUUGGGGAAAUUAAAGGUACAUCUUUGUGUCUGUCUGUGACCACCACUGUAUUUGAAUAUUUGGGCUCAUAAAAACGAAUAUUCGAUUAUUCGUUUAUUUAAAUGAAAUUUAAUGGAAAGACGUUAUUUUUUUUAUUUUUUUUUUAUUAAGUUGUUGUCAGACUGAGGAGCCACUCUUACCUGAGCAUGUGAAUAUUCUUGUUUAAAUGAGAAAACGCACUCCACUGACACAGAUGCUGCAGGAACACAAAGAAAACAGUGUGCUGAGUGAAGUUUCUUAUAGCUCUUUGUGUUUUCUGUUCACAAAAAUCACAAAUAGAUUUUUUUUUUUUCCCCAAAAUCUUUCAGCAACCCUGUGUUAAUGUCUACAGUCACCAUGAUUUUGCCAAGUAAGACAUGUUCCCAUAUUUUGUUGAUCCUGGAACAACAUUCUUGUCCGUCAAACCCUAUCCCUACCCCUAAACCUAACCCUACCCAUAACCUAUCCCUAAAAUCAGAGGGAAAUGAUAGGUGAAUAACACUGAUGUAGAAGCACCUAACACUGGUUGUGAGCCUAAACAUGACAUAAACUGUAAACUUGUCGCCCAAAUCUGAUUGGUUGAUUGGAAUGUUGAUCCAGGAUCAUGUUAUACUUGGUUAAAUCAGGUUAAUCUAAUGUCUAUGUAGAAAGUUCCAGAUCAGUCCCUGAUGAGGUUGUCUCAGUUAGGAUGCUGUAAGGCAGCUCAGCAGGUUUUGGAACAGAGCUGUCUUUAUGUUGCUUCCAUUCAAAGAUGUUCAGAAGAUGACACAAGCACACAAAAUGACAACUCUACUGUUAUCUUUGCAGUGGAACAAUUGUGAACUUUUUUUAGCAACCAAACUGUGUAGACUACACAAUGCUUUACAACACUAACAAGUGUUCGACUGGGAAUCAACACAGAAAGAGUCAUUUAUCUUGUUUUUUGUGUUCGAUAAACAUGUUUUAUCAUGCAGUGUUGGACUUUUUGUCUCUUUGAUGCAUUUUAUUUGCUUAAAUGUUGAAUGUUUAUCUGUGUAAAUCUUGCUGACCACUCAAUUGUGAGUUUCCAAGCUAGAAAUCCAACUUCAAGAGACUUUCUAUUGCACUUUUUCCAGUAGGAAUGUCAACUCCCAGAGUUGAAUGGAAUGCAGCAUAAGUCCCGGUCACCGAUUGGACGGGUCAUACGGGUGGGGGAUGUUUGACACAUCUGGACACACUCAACUUUUGCUAAUUUAGUGAAAGUCUGUUUUGACUCCGAGUAUCACAUAUGGCACUGUAGGACGCGUCUCUUUUUCUGUCUCUCUCUAUUUUACCACCACUUUCUCACUCGUCUCUUCAGCGUCUCAGCCUCUUUCUGCACUCAUUCUCCUUAUUCUGCUGUGGUUAUAUGGCUUAUUGAUGAUGAUGAUGGUUAUUAAUUGACUGUGUAUACAUUUGUACAGAGGUUGCCAGUUUUUCUUGGCUCCCUCCUCCUGGCUGGGCUUGAGCUUCGAUCUCAAGGCUGAACAUAUAGAGAUUACGGAGAUGGAUGGAUGGUGUGUGUGUGUGUGUGUGUGUGUGUGUGUGUGUGUGUAUGUGUGUGUCUGAGUGUGUGUGUUUGAAUAGAGAGCUUUGAGUCAGUAUUGAUUUUAUAUUUUUUUAUGUGGACGUGUGCUCAACUCUUCUGAAUGACUGAAUGGUGACACUUUUUUGUUUGUUUGUUUGUUUGGCACCUAAAUAAAGUGCAUCCGACACUCACA